AACCUGAGGAGUGGCUUACAGUGUCAGACUGCUUCAUAACGUGUGGAGUUUAACAGUUUGGUAGGGAGUCCAUCUCAGAAUCCUGUGCUUCGGGACUUUUAGCCUACUCUCUUCCUGCGUCUGUGCUUGUGGAUUUAAAGCCUGAAAACAUUUUUUAACUGGCAAAGAAGGCUCUGAAUGUGAAAUAAUCAUUAAAAUAAAGACACCGUCAAUUCUGAUGUUACCUGGCCCACUGAGUAUUUCCAGGAUUCUCCUUCCUCCCGCCCCGACCAUUAGCCUGGGCUUCUGGAUUACUAGUCCAGUAACAUUACCACUACGCCAUCAUCUCCCCACAGAAAGAACAAGUGAUGUGAUCUGGUACUAUGUGGAGAUUGAGAUUGAAGGUUUAUAACUCCAGAUACCAUGGACUGGAAGACACUACAAGGUGUUCUUAGUGGCGUAAAUAAAUAUUCUACAGGAUUUGGACGGAUUUGGCUGUCGGUAGUUUUCAUCUUCCGGGUGCUAGUUUAUGUGGUGGCAGCAGAGAAAGUAUGGGGUGAUGACCAGAAAGACUUUGAUUGUAACACCAAGCAACCUGGGUGUACCAACGUGUGUUUUGAUUACUACUUUCCCAUCUCCCACAUCAGGCUGUGGGCUUUGCAAUUGAUCUUCAUCUCUACGCCUUCCCUACUGGUCGUCAUGCACGUGGCCUACAGAAAAGACAAAGAGAAAAAGUACCAUAUGAAGCACCCAGAUACUGACACCAAACUCUAUGAGGAUGCUGGGAAAAAACAUGGUGGGCUCUGGUGGACCUAUUUAAUUAGUCUAUUUUUCAAAACUGUGAUUGAAAUUGUUUUCUUGUACAUCCUUCAUCGGAUUUAUGACAGUUUUGAUAUGCCUCGCUUGGUCAAAUGUAACGUUGAUCCUUGCCCCAAUGUAGUAGAUUGUUACAUUGCCAGACCAACUGAGAAAAGGGUUUUCACCUAUUUUAUGGUUGGGGCGUCAUCCCUUUGCAUUGUAAUAAGCAUAACUGAAAUGAUCUACUUGAUCUCUAAAAGGUGUUUCAGGUAUUGUAUGUUGCAUUGUAGGAAAAGGAAAUCAGUAUUGCCAGAAGGCAAGUCUGACUAUCAUGCCCAUAAGCUCAUUCAUACAAAUUACUUAACUAAUGGUAAGUCACUGGACAACAUUCGUGCUUCUGCCCCAAACCUUUCCUCCAUGUAAUAUGCUCCUCCUUUUUCUCAGUGGGGUGACUUGAAAGUGACAGCACAAUAACAGUGAACUCUUUACCUAUGAUAUAUCAGAUCAAAUAGCAACCUUUGCCAACAUUUGAAUGUAAGCUUCCUCAGACAGGUAACUUGGGAUUAUUUUCAGACCUGGUUGAAUUCUCUGAACACUGGACAAACUAGUGUGGGUCUUAGAGGGAGGAGUAUAAACUUCACAUAUCAGGGAUCUGGAUCUCUUGGUGAGCAGCAAAAGAGGCAUUGCUGGAGCAUGAUAAGCGAUUCCUAGACUGGGUCUAUCCUUAUGCUCAGGGAGGAUAAAGAACACAUAGGUGUGUAGAGAGCUCUCUGGGAGGAAAAGAGGAAAAAGGAAACACUUCAGGCAAUGAAUGAAAGUUGUUUUAUUGCAAUUUCUUCCUGUCUUCAUCUACAAUCAGCACACACAAGCAAAAGUUACCAAAACAGUGCUAGAGGAAAGGUUUCCUUAUCAGUAUCAACUUCUGGAAUUAGGCGUGAACUAUUACCGCUGAUUUUAAACAUUUCUUCAAUCUAUUUCAGAUGAUUCUGAAAGCUGAAGAACGCACCAAUUGCACAAUUAGUUAAGAUGAGUUACAAAGCCAUAACUGGGAAGAUGAAUUCACUUACAUGUGAUUGAAAUAGUGUUGAAGUAUAUUGGAUAAAUAACUUUGUAUCCACUAAUCUUAUUUCAGCUCCAGUACAUUGUCACCAAUUCAGUCAAUGUCCUGAUAAUGUCAUAAGGAUUCACUUAUUAAAUCAAGGUAAUUUAAGAUCAUUCCUCUGUAACCAUAUGCAUGAGCAGCAUUUCAGAACAGUAGAUCAGGCCAAUACUGUAAAAUAUAAAUGGAUGAAAGUUUUGAUUACUGGUUUAAUAGAAUAAAUUAAUUGUAACCAUCUCCACUGUUACUAGCCACACACCUAAGCAAGAUAAUUGGCAUGUAACCUGGCGUACAGAAUUUUGCACAUAUGUAUUGAACAAAGAAAGCCCUAAGGGGUAUGAAGUUUUUGAAACGGCUGAAACUAAAGUUUAUUUUCUCAGAAGAAAUGAGACUGAAAUAUUAAACCGCACACGUUAAGAUUUGGUUCUUCCAAUGUUCUAAAGCUCCUUUUUGGAACAAUUAAAAUAAUUAAGCGAGGCUUAUAUUCAGAGGUAAAUUUUACUAUGCACAUAUAGUACAAACUGAUCUCUCACAUGAAAAGCAAGAAUUAAUUUCUCAAUGUUUGAAGUAUGACAAGAAGCAAUCAGUAUAGAAAGCAUGUCAGGCGUUGCAGAGCAAUGAAUUUGAGAAGCUAACUGAUGGCAAUUGUCGGCAAGUGGGAAAGCUAGAACUUUAUUGCUAUCCUAGUCCCAGAACUUAGAACAGGCCAAUGCAUUUAAAGCAUUUUGCUGACAGACUUAAGAAUACAGCUUUGAUUGAUUGUUGCUCACUUUAUCUUCUAUAAAAUUGCUAUAGCACGUAACAAUCAAGUACUGCCAUACCAUUUGUAAUGACUUAAUUACACGUCUUGCAUAAAUUGAUAAUUUUAGUUGAUUUAAUUUAACAUCAGUAGAAUCAAGAAAGCAUCAGUGUUGUAGUUUCUAAACUGUUUACAUAGUGCAAAUGUAUAUUAAUGUUUUUGACAUUAAUGUAUAUGAUAUUAACAAUGCCUGCACAGAAAUACUGAUGUAUAAUAAUUCUAGAGGAGAGAAUAGACAUCUCACUUUCAUGGGCUAUGUUAAUGAAUUGUCCCACUGAACUUUGCUAUCUCCACUGGAGAGGUUUGGUUUAAUUAACUGUUGAACUUUAUUAGUGAUACUGCAUGAAUUUACAGAGAAUCUAAAAAGUGUGCAUAUCAGUAAAAGCUUUGACACAUGUAGACGGGUUAAUAGUUAAAACAGCAACUUGACCUUGGUCUCUCAGAGGCUUUUAAAAUAGACAUAAAGUUUCAAUGUAGGAAGAGUAAAUAAUGAAACAUGCUGCUAUUCCUUAAUGUCUGACACCAUUGUUGAAAGUUGGAAGAGAAGAUAUUGUUGAAAUCACAAUCAAGGUUAAGAUUGUGAUAAAAAAACAACAUACUGCAGAUAAAUUUUUAAUUUGACACCCAGGUAUAAAACCGUUGUUUAUAGCAGAGGCUUGAUUUUCAUUUCCAUAAACAAGACAAUUGAUCAGCUGCACAUCCGAGUGGCAAGCUGAAAAUCUACCAUUGCAUUUCUUGAGUAAAAGUGUUACAUUGGACAGAGCCAUCAGCUUUGGUAGGGGUAAAACAGGUCAGCUGCUAAUAAUACACAUUGCUCGCUUGUCCGUUCUAUUGAAGUCAAUUGAAAGGUAAAUCAGGCGGGUGGAUAUUGGGCAGCCUAUAACUUUCUGUAAACUUUACAUCUCCACUAAAAAAGUUUCACUCACUGUUUCUAAAGGAUACUGAUUGUCUAUUUGUGUAUUGCAUUCCAUGUGAGCCAUAGACUAAGGAAGGUUUACCUCCAAGCACUCCUGUGUAACUGAAGAAAAACUAUUAAGAAAUCACAGGUGUGGAAAUGUGGCUUGUUUUUCACGUUAGGUGAAAAAUUCUUUUAAAAGCAUUCUCCAUGAAAUGAUUUAUUUCCCUUUCUGCUGGUUUAUGUGGACCAAACAUUUCAUCUGCAAAGCUGAAUAUAUUAUUUUGAAACAUUCCCAUGGAAAUGCUGUCACUGAACAACAUAUUUGAUCAAUUUUCCAGUUUGCUUGCCCUUGAAUUAUCAUGUACUGUACAUUUUCCCAUAUUUAUACUGUACAUAUUUUGGAACAGAGUGAAUCAUUUAUUAAAUAAAUAUUUUCAAGUAAUUUA